CACAAAUGUUGUGCCUUUUGGUCUUUUGAUCCCAAGUCCACUCACUCACAAACUCACAUCACAAUACACAAUGUCGCCUUCCGCAACAAUAGAGCUCGGCCCUGCUAGUGGUCCUGAUGUGAGACUCGAGCCUCAAGAGCCACCGAACCACAAAGCACCUCGCCAACAUGCUGCACACGAAGAAUACCAAUAUCUCGACUUGAUUCGCGACAUCCUCGAGUCAGGAGAACAUCGUCCAGACAGAACCGGCACGGGCACAUUCUCCAUCUUCGCCCCAAAUCAACUCCGCUUCAGACUCUCCGACAAGGAUACCGGAAAGCUGAUCUUACCUCUCCUCACCACAAAGCGCGUCUUUCUUCGCGCUGUGAUCGCUGAACUGCUCUGGUUCGUCGCCGGAACUACAACCUCUACUCCUCUUACCGAGCAAGGCAUCAAGAUCUGGGACGGAAACGGCUCUCGCGACUAUCUCGACUCGGUUGGUCUCUCGCAUCGCGAAGUUGGCGAUCUUGGUCCAGUUUACGGCUUCCAAUGGCGACACUUUGGUGCCGAGUACAAGGAUGCAAAGACAGACUACACAGGCCAAGGUGUAGACCAAUUGGCAGAAGUCGUUCACAAACUGAAGCACAACCCUUAUGAUCGCCGCAUCAUCCUGUCCGCCUGGAACCCUGCAGACCUCAAGAAGAUGGCCUUACCACCCUGCCACAUGUUUGCCCAGUUCUACGUCUCGUUCCCCAAGGACGCACCUACAAAAGCAGAUGGCUCAAAACAAGGAACUCUCCAUUCCAUUUUGUAUCAGAGGUCGUGCGAUAUGGGCUUGGGCGUUCCGUUCAAUAUCGCCAGUUACGCUCUCUUGACACACAUGCUGGCAAAGGUGUGCGAUCUGAUCCCCGGUACCUUCACACAUACUAUGGGCGAUGCGCACGUAUACUGCGACCAUGUAGACGCACUCAAGCUUCAGAUCGAGCGCGUACCGAAAGACUUUCCCGAGCUGGUCAUCGAGAAGCCUGACUCUGACCUCUCGAUUGAUGACUGGAAGGUCGAGGACUUCAAGGUUCUUGGCUACGAUCCCCACAAGGGUAUCGCCAUGAAGAUGUCUGUAUAAUGAAUGUGAGCGUGGUUGGAAUAAGUAAUUGGGUCAUUAGACAUUCUGUCCAGGAUCAUGGUCAGGUCAUGUCAAAGGCGAUGCUUGUGUAGUUUUAGACUGUAGUAAAACACGAACAGACAACAUGAUAAUGCACCAAUCGUUCUGUGUUGCUCAGAUGUUGAGAACAAAGACAUAGCCAUCAAAACGGCAAGAUCUGCCGAUAAAAGCACAGGCCUCCUUGCACCUUCCAGCCUCUACCCUCGUGGCA